AAUCAACCAUGAUCGGAGGAGGAAUCGGAAUCAGCUUCCGCAACGAAUUCUUCAACCCACAAACCCCAGUGAACAUCCCAGUGCAAGGAUUCUCCAACGGUGCUCGCCUCCGUCUCGUUCUUCUCCCAACAUCCGCCGAUUCUCGUUUCCACAUCAAUCUUCGCACUCCAGACGACAUUGUUCUUCACUUCAACGCUAGAUUCGAUGAGGGAGCUGUUGUGAACAACUCGACCAGCGGAGGAGGUUGGCAAUCCGAGGAUCGUCACGCCAAUCCAUUCCAGCAGAACAAGAUCUACACUCUGGAGUUUGUGUCCAACGGUGGAAUUAUCUCGAUCUUCGUCAACGGAGCCCACUUCGCUGACUUUGUCGAGCGUACUCCAUCCCACGGAGUCCAUCUCAUUGAGAUCGAGGGAGGAGUUCAUGUUCAUUCCGCCCAUGUUUCUCACUAAUUUAUUUAAUUUUUGGUUUAAAAUACUCUUUCUUUAUGAUACAUUUUGAAUUUUUGUGCAAAUUUCAUAUCAAUAAACCUUGGUUUUGAAU